AUGGCAUCUUUUUCGAGCUACAACUUUACUAAGGCUAAUGGAGUUUCGUCUGAUGAACGACAGAAACGUCUUGUACCUAUUGUAUUAGAUGCGGUUGGAGCACUUGGGGCUGUUUUUGCUGGUGGUAUAAGCGUUUAUAACACUUAUGAAAACGGAAAGUUAGCCGAUCGAAUGGAUCAAUUGCAAAAUACGAUAUUUGCUACUAUAGCCGACAAUGGUGAAAAAAAACGUUUAUGUUAUCGAAAUGCCUAUGGUGAUAAUUACGAAUUCUUCAGUGAUCGAAUAACAGUUGUUACUCAGUUAGAUUUGAUAAAUUAUCCAUUAGAUUCGUCAAUGACCAAAGUUCUUGCUACAUUUCUAUUUGAAGAUCGAAUAAUCGAUUAUCAUGAAUUUCAUGUGCGACCAGUAUUUGAAAGAAAGGCAUUUGUUAAACAAAAAAUUUUAUUUAUUAUAUCCGAGAACAGCUGA